AUGGAAAACACAACUGUGCCAUCAGGUUUUAGCUUUACUGUAUUUAAAGAUCAAGGUCAACUGAAAUAUUUCUUCUUCAUACUGACAUUUACAGUUUACAUUUCCAUUAUAUUUUUUAAUGUUAACAUUUUAUGGGUAGUGUUUAAGGAGAGAUCACUUCAUGAACCAAUGUAUCUUUUCAUUGCCUGUCUAUCUGCAAAUGCUCUGAAUGGUACUGCAGGUUUCUUUCCAAGACUGUUAAUUGAUCUCCUCUCUGACACACACCUGAUUUCUCGUCCAGCGUGCUUCACACAAAUAUUUACAAUUUAUUCCUAUUCAGUAUCUGAGUACACAAUACUAUGUUUAAUUGCUUAUGACAGAUAUCUUGCCAUAUGUAAUCCACUACAAUAUCACAAUAUUAUGACUCCAAAGAUAGCUUCAUUGUCUGUCGGCAUUGUUGCAAUAUAUGGAACAAUAUUUGUGAGUGUUGUCAUGUCUUUACAAGUCAGACUUCAUUUUUGUGGCACUGAAAUAUCAAGACUGUACUGUUCCAGUUGGUCUGUGGUCAGGCUAGGUUGUGGGAUUUCCAUGAAAAAAGUAUAUACUUCAGGGAUAUUUAUUGCAACCACUACUGUUUUCCUGCCUUCAAUUUACAUUUUAUAUACCUACAUCAGAAUUUUUAUUGUUUGUCAAAAAGGCUCAGCAGAGUCUAGGAGCAAAGCAUUACAAACAUGUUUACCUCACAUUGUAUCCUUUAUAAACUACUCAGUGGCAAGUCUUAGUGAUAUUAUAUUGAAUCGUUACGAAACAGAGAAUCUUCAAGUUAUAGAGUUGUUUUUUUCAGUGGAAUUUCUUGUUACUCCAUCCAUUCUCAAUCCUCUUAUUUAUGGUCUUAAACUGCCAGAAAUGCGACGUAAAAUCCUUGGCUUGUAUAAGCUGCCUACAGUGAUUCCAAUUCUGUAA